AGCGGCGCCUGCGCGCCGAAGUGUGAGGCCGUUGGCGCCUCCCUCCUUUUACGGUUACGAGCUGCCGUUGCUGCGGGUUUCCCUCCGCGAGCGAUGACUGACGGGCUCGGGAAGGCGGAGUCGGGCGCCCAGCUGCUUGCACGACUUGAGGGCAGAAGUACUCUGAAGACACUUGAACCUUAUCUGUUUGCUGAUGAAGGAUAUCCUAUUCAUGGAGAUAUUGUUGAAUUCCAUGGUCCAGAAGGAACAGGAAAAACAGAAAUGCUCUAUCAUCUUAUUGCCCGCUGCAUUCUUCCAAAAUCUGGUGGUGGCUUGGAUGUUGGUGUGCUUUUUAUCGAUACAGACUUCCAUUUUGACCUGUUGCGUUUAGUGACUAUUCUGGAGCACAGAUUGCCCCAAGGCACAGAAGAGAUGAUAAAGCAGUGUCUGGGGAGGUUUUUCCUUGUUAAUUGCAGCAGCAGCCCUCAGCUGCUGCUUACUCUUUUCUCUUUGGAAAACAUGUUUUGCUACCCUUCCCUGUGCCUCUUGAUUAUUGACAGUAUAUCAGCCUUUUAUUGGAUUGACAGAGUCAAUGGAGGCGAGAACCUUAGCCAGCAGGAAGCAAACCUAAAGAGAUGUGCGCAGUUCCUGGGGAAGCUUGUAAGAGAGCACCACUUAGUUUUGUUUGCAACGACUCAAACAAUCAUGCAGAAAUCAUUGAACACAUCUGAAAGCUCAGGAAAACACCACAGUGAUGCAGAUAUGGACUACCGGCCUUACCUCUGUCAGUCGUGGCAACGGCUGAUAACUCAUCGAAUCUUUUUCUCCAAACAGUGCCAUUCAGGCAGCACAAAAGGAUUUUCAAUUACUGCUUGCCAUGUAAGAAAUAACAGUGUUGUAAAACGCCCAUUUAGCAUUACAGAAUGUGGGAUCCAGUUUUGACAGUGGACUGUUUUUUAAAAGUAGACUGCAAUUUGACACUACAGUCAAGUUAAUUUUUUAAAAACUUCUGCCAAUUUUUUAUUUAAAAGGGUUUAAUUUUUUAUGCCAAUAUUUUCUAAAAUGUAAAUAAUAAAGAUUCAGGAUUGUCAGACUUUGUGCCAUGCAGUACUGAAGCCUUAAAAAGAGACCUGUCAUUCCAAAAAAGGUCAUUUAUCCAUAAUGUCUUUUAGCUGCUUUUGGUGCUCAUCCCGUAGAAAUGGAAGCUUUUUUGAAGCUGAGCACUGCACAGUUGAGCUUGAUUCUUUGUUAUGUAAGUGCAUUAACUGACACUCGGCACUGCACACAUUUGAACUUAAUAGGAAGAACAUAAGACAAGCUUGUUGGAUCAGGCCAGUCGCCCAUCUAGUCCAGCAUUCUGUUCUCACAGCAGCCAACCAGAUGCCCAUGGCAAGCUCAACAUAAGCACAACAGCACUCUGGCCACCUGUGAUUCUCAGCAACUGGCGUUUAGAGGCAUACUGCUGCCAGCGGUGGCGGUAAAACAGCUGUCAAAGGAUACACACUAAGGUCCCACCCACCCCACCCACCAACUUGCAUUUAUCCACAUUUACCCUUUCAGAUGGGAUAGUAUUGGGGUUAAACUGGUUUGCUUACUUUUGGCCUGUAACUAGAGCUGCAGUUCUAAAGAGUACUGAAAACUAUGCAUGCAAGGUAGAACAAAUAAAGUCACUGUCCUGCAUAAGAUCCAAGUAGAACAUUUGUGUUUGGAAUGCAGCAUGCAACUCAUCAAAAUUCUGGCAGACCAGUUUCACCUAAUGAGAAAUGACCCGCAGUUCUGGCAAGAAAACCAUAUUGAAUCAGUAAAGUAAAUGCUAAUUGUAUUGGCUUUGGAAAGCUUCAAAUCCUUUGUGAAAUAAACUGUCUUCUGCAUUA